GUUCAAGAUGGGCAUCUCUUUUGUUCUAUUUCACCACAGUCCGCUCCCAGACCACAGAAUCUUGUUUGAUCAGUGCAAUGAAGCUUGCGAAUCUCGUCGGGCAGCGAGCAACUGUCACCCUCCCGCGUGAAGCUGAGGGGAGAUCGGGCGAGUCGAACGGGCUCGAGCGUGCUGAAGCCUUCAUCGAGAAGUACCGCCUCAAGCUCGGCAGGCAUCCACCGGCCUGGGCCCCAGAGUCAGGAGGCCCGUCGCCGGCAGGAGGUGGUGGCGCGAGCCUCAGCUCCGCUUGAAAGGUUUCUCCAGGAGAGCACGGCAGGCGAGAAGUCGAAGGACAUCAAUCGUCGGGGGCUUCAGCGCUUUUCAAGUGGGCUGACGAGCACCAGCGGCCCGUCGGCAAACAGAGCAUCGGAGUCACGAUGCGAGAGUACUUUCUCCAUAUGUAUCAGCUAGGUUAUGGGCCGUCUGUCGGCCGUUCUGUCUUCUUCUUCGGGCACCUGCUGCUGCGCUCCGACAGCUGCGAGCUGGAGGGGUCCCAGCUCCGUGAUGUUGAAUGUUCGCUGGCAGGCUGGGCCAACAAAUCGAAGGAGGUCGUGAAGGGCCCCGCUCCCCAGGAGGUGUUGCUCGACAUGGGCCUAUGGAUGACGCAGAAUGGGCUUGGUGAAAGCGCCGCUUGCCUGGCGCUGCACCUGGACGACUACGGCAGACCCUCGGAGAGCAUCGAGUUGGCCGUCGGUAGCCUGCUGCCGCCCGUCCAUGGUGUCCGAGGCUCGCCGUCGCGUGAAUGGGGCGUGAUCUUCGCGCCCGCGGAGCUCGGGUUCGUGACCAAGACUGGCCGGGUGGACAAUUCGGCGGUGCUGGGCAGCCCGUCGCGGCAGUUGGCGCCGACGGUGGCGACCGCGCUGCUGGCUCGGGCUUCGAGACGGGCCUUCGAGACAGGCGCCCGCGCCCCCCGCGCUGCCACCGAUCCUGCGACGCCGCUGUUCCCCGGCUUGACGCUCGCGCAGUGCGAGCGGGACCUCCGCGACGCUGCGAAGGAGCUGGGGUGCGCCGAGUUGGGGAUCACGCCGCAAACGACGCGGCAUGCUGGACCGCCUCGCGACAUCUACCACAAGCACCGCAAUCUCGAGCAGGUCAGGCGCCGCGGGCGCCGGGCCGCCAAAAAGAGUGUGACGCGGCACGAGCGCCACGCCAAGCUGUUGAAGCAGUGCGCCAAGCUGGACUCGCGCCAGAUCGCCAGGAUGAAUCGGUCUGUUGACCUGUUCCCCGAUGCGGUGCUAUCUCACAUCCGAGCUGGUGAUUUCACUCGCUUCCGUGGCUAACGCCUAUAUCGCUGUGCCCGCCCGGCCCUCCCGUGUUUUUCGGGCAUUCUGCUCUGAUACCCACAUAUGGGCGAUAUGGGAUGCCGAGCUCGGGAGUUUUCAAUGCACGCUCAGUUUCGUCUGUGCCUCGCUGUUCUUUGGACGGAUGUGAUCGGAAAAUAAUUGCUUGUCUUUUCGCACUCAGAUGUUGUAGUCGCGCAGCCUAUCGGGUCCCGAUAACAAUGCCUUUCGGCUUUACCGACGGCCUCGGGAUUGCGGGAAGGCUCCCCCUGAGGCUUUGGGCGCGCUCGUGGGGCUUUAAGAGGAAUGCUAAAUCUUAUUGUGGUUUCCUCGCCUCCCGAUUGCGCGCCCGUCGGACACAGUCAAUGCUUGCCUGUGGCUGUUGUGUGCUCAAGCUCUCCCACCCACUGGCCUCCCACAGUGCAGGGGUGCCGAGCUCGGGAGUUUUCAAUGCGCG